AUGAAAGAUGAGGAGUUUCACACCUACCUUUCAAAGCUGGACAUAGCUUGGAGAUUCAACCUUAGCCGAGCUCCCUGGUGGGGUGGCCAGUUUGAGAGGCUGAUAGGCGUGUUCAAGUCUGCCUUCCGGAAAGCAGCGGGGAACGGAACCUUAUCCUGGGGCGAAUUAUCGGACGUUGUGCUUGACGUUGAAAUUGCCAUGAAUGGACGUCCCCUGAGUUAUUUGGAAGAGGACGUCGAAUUGCCAGUACUCACUCCAAGCUCCAUGCUGCACCUUCGGCCGAGCCAACUCCCAGAGCUAAAUGCCUACCAUAUCGAGGAACCAGAUCUAAGGAAAAGAGCCAAGUAUCUCUAUCGGUGCAAAGAAGCGAUGUGGUCCAGGUGGACAAGAGAAAACGUGAGAAGCCUACGUGAGCGGCACAGCAGGAGCGGAGGGAAACAGACCUCCCACCCCUCAGUGGGGGAAGUGGUGAUAAUUCAGGACGAGUCUCGGAACCGUAACUCAUGGAAGCUAGGGAUCGUGGAAAGGCUGAUCGUGGGACGUGACGGAAUCGUACGUGGAGCUAAGUUACGAGCUGGGAAAGGAGUCUUGGAACGAGCAGUGCAGCAGCUGUACCCUCUCGAGCUGUCCUGCGACAGAACAGAUGCAAGGUUGAAUCCUGAGGCCGAACCCUAUCGGCCAAGGCGGGAUGCGGCAGUCGCAGCAAGACUCCGUAUUGCGGAUGCUGCUGAGGAAGCAGAUCCGUGA